AUGUCCGACAAGCUUUGGUACGUUCCUGCCGAGGCCAUCACCGACAGGUCGCCCAACCCGAUUGCCCGUGGCGGCUUUGGCGAGGUCUUCUCCGCCUCGUACUAUGGCACCGAUGUGGCCGUCAAGCAACUAUUCUCCAUCUGCGGCGCUCGAGAGAUUGCCGAGUUCCAGCGGGAGAUUGGCAUCUGGCACCGGCUCAGCCACCCACACAUCCUCCCUCUCCUCGGCGCCUGCGACACUUCUGAGCGGCCCUUCAUGGUCUCGCCCUUCAUGCACAACGGCACCCUCCGCAGCUAUGUCGCCGAUGCCGAACAAGUCCGUCCCGUCGGCGAGAAGCUCAAGCUCAUGUACCAAGUUGCCUCCGGCAUGGCCUACCUCCACGGCAGCAACAUCAUCCACGGCGAUCUCAAGACCCUGAAUGUUCUCCUGGACAACUCCUACUCUGCCGUCAUCUCGGACUUUGGCAUGUCCCGGACCAAGCACACAUCGUCGUCUUCCCUCCUGUUCAAGCCCGGCGAGAGCAUUGGUGGCACGCUCGACUACAUGGCUCCCGAAAUGAUGGACGACGAGAAUCCCGUCGACUCAUCCAAGGCCACUGAUGUCUAUGCCUUUGGCAUCAUGCUCUACGAGGUCCUCAACAACGCUAGGCCCGUCUGGGUCUCCACCGACGGCACUCCAAUCCGACCUCGCGCCGUCGAGGCUCUGGUUUCCAAAGGAACCCGCCCCAAGCAAACUCCCGCCAUCCCCGACGACAUCUGGGCCCUGAUCGAGCGAUGCUGGGCCCAGAUCCCUGAAACCCGGCCCAGCUUCACCGACAUCCUGGUCUCGCUGCAGCCCUAUCGAAACUAUGUCCCUGUGCGAGGGCCGACUCCGCCACCCCAACCCCAACCUCAGCCUGCCGCCACCGAUGCUCCCCAGGUCCUCGAGGACGUUGUCGUCGAAAAGCUUCUGCGUCGUCUCGGUCUCAAUCCAGACAUUGAGAUCCAGCGCCAGGCCGUCCCGAAUGUAUUGCAAGAUGGUGCUGCCUCUGACCGCAGCGAUCGUGGCGACCGACGCACAGCCAUCCCCACUGACCAUCAGCCCACGGCAACCAACGGCAACCAACGGCAACCAAGGCAACCAAGGCCGUGA